GGUCUCCGUCCUGAGGGCACCGUGGUCUCCUCCAUCUGCACCGCCUGGACCACAGGGACGAGACGCCAUGACCCCCAGCCUCACGGCCCUGCUCUGCCUCGGGCUGCGUGUGGGCCUGAGGACCCACGUGCAGGCAGGGACCCUCCCCAAACCCACAAUCUGGGCUGAGCCAGGCUCUGUGAUCCCCUGGGGGAGCCCCGUGACCAUCUGCUGUCAGGGGACCCUGGGGGCCCGGGAGUUCCGUUUGGAUAAAGAGGGAAGCUCAGCUCCCCGGGACAGACAGCCCCCACUGGAGCCCAGGGACAAGGGCAAGUUCUCCAUCCCACACAUGACACAGCCCGACGCAGGGAGAUACCACUGUUAUUAUCUCAGCCCCACUGGCUGGUCAGAGCGCAGUGACCCCCUGGAGCUGGUGGUGACAGUGGCCCACAGCAAACCCACCUUCUCAGCCCUGCCAAGCCCUGUGGUGACCUCGGGAGGGAACGUGACCCUCCAGUGUAGCUCAUGGCAGGGAUGGGACGGGUUCAUUCUGACUAAGGAAGGAGAACCCAAGUCCUCCUGGACCCUGGAUGCACAGCGAAGCCCCUACAGGCAGACCCAGGCCCUGCACCCCGUGGGUCCCGUGACCCCCAGCCACAGGUGGACAUUCAGAUGCCACGGCUUUAACAGGGACACCCCCCACGUGUGGUCGGCCCCCAGUGACCCCGUGGAGCUCCUGGUCCCAGGUGUGUCUGGGAAGCCCUCCCUCCUGACCCCGCAGGGCCCUGUCAUGGCCUCUGGACAGAGCCUGACCCUCCAGUGUCGCUCUGACGUCGGCUACGACAGAUUCGCUCUGUCCCAGGAGGGGGGACAGGCCCUCCCCCAGCGCCCUGGCCGGCAGCCCCAGGCUGGGCUCUCGCAGGCCGACUUCCCCCUGGGCCCGGUGACCAGCACCCACGGGGGCCGGUACAGAUGCUACGGUGGGCACAACCUCUCCUCCGAGUGGUCGGCCCCCAGUGACCCCCUGGACGUCCUGGUGGCAGGAUGGUUCCCUGACACGCCCUCCCUCUCGGUGCAGCCGGGCCCCGUGGUGGCCUCAGGAGAGAACGUGACCCUGCUGUGUCAGUCAGGGAGCACAAAGGAAACUUUCCUUCUGUCCAAGGAGGGGGCGGCCCGUCCCCCACUGCGUCUUAGAUCAAAGUACCGAGGUCCGCAUUUCCAGGCCGAAUUCUCCAUGAGUCCUGUGACCUCAGCCCACAGUGGGACCUACAGGUGCUACAGCUCACUCAGCAGUAACCCCUACCUGCUGUCACACGCCAGUGCCCCCCUGGAGCUCGUGGUCUCAGGUGCCCCAGGUCUGAAAUGGCACCUGAACGUUCUGAUCGGGGUCUCGGUGGCCUUCGUCCUGCUGCUCCUCGUCCUCCUCUUCCUCCUCAUCCGACACCGGGGUCAGAGCAGACACAGGAAGUCGGGGGCUACAGACCCACAGCCCAAGGACAGAGGCCUGCAGAGCAGCUCCUGCCCAGCCGCCGCCGCCCAGGACCAGGCCCUCUAUGCUGCCGUGAAGGACACACAGCCUGAGGACGGGGUGCAGCUGGACCAGCCGCUGAACAGGCAGGAUGCAGACCCCCAGGAGGGGACGUACGCCCAGGUGAACCACUCAAGAUCAAGACUAAGGCAGGGGGUGGCCACCUCUCCUUCCUCCCUGUCGGGGAGAUUGCUGGACACGAAGGACAGACAAGCGGAAGAGGACGGGCAGAGGGACAGUCAGGUGGGUCCCAUCCUGUCCCGGCCCCCAGGCUUCCCCCACCCCAACCACACACCCUCCCUCUCCCCCACCGCAGGCCGCGGCAUCUGAAGCCCCCCAGGAUGUGACCUAUGCCCAGCUGAACCACUCGACCUUCAGACGGGAGACUGCACCCCCUGCCCCCCAGUCA